CCCUUUGGGAUUGUGACCUUGCAUGGGUGGCGGGGAGGAGAUCCAGGGAAGUGCAGGAAGGAGCUGCAAGCGCCUGCGAGAGGGAGAGAGACCCAUAGAGGACCGCAGCCCACCCCCCAAGCAUGCAUACUCUCCGGCUGCCCCCCAAGCGCUGCUGGGGCCUCCUGCGCCUGGGCUGCCCCCGAAGGUCUGGUGGGCUCCCAGCUUUGGCGUAUCCCCCUCCCCAUCUGCUUGGAAGGAGACCCUAUGCUGCACAGGCUGCUGAGGCUGUACUGGAUAAAUCAAGCGCCAAGGCAGAUUCGGCAUCCCAGGCGGUGUCAGAAAAGAGAACAUUAACAGCAGAGUCAAAGUCAUUUGCAAUUGGGAUGUUCAAGGGCCAAAUCAACACAGAACAAGUGUUCCCUUAUCCGUCAGCUCUAACUGAAGAGCAAGCCCAGACUUUGCAGGAACUGGUGGGUCCGGUCUCUCGAUUCUUUGAGGAGGUGAAUGACCCAGCCCAAAAUGAUACGUUGGAGCAUGUGGAAGAGAAGGCAAUGCAAGGCCUAAAGGAGCUUGGAGCGUUUGGCUUGCAAAUCCCAGUUCACUUUGGGGGGCUGGGACUCAGCAACACUCAGUAUGCUCGGCUGGUGGAAGUUGUUGGCAUGCAUGACCUGGGGGUGGGCAUCACCCUCGGGGCUCACCAGUCGAUCGGUUUUAAAGGGAUUCUCCUCUAUGGCACAAAGCAGCAGAAGGAGAAGUAUUUCCCCAAACUGGCAACAGGUGAGACCAUCGCCGCAUACUGUCUGACGGAGCCGACCAGCGGCUCAGACGCGGCCUCCAUCCGCUCAACUGCUCAGCUCAGCCCCUGCGGCACAUAUUACACUCUCAAUGGGAGCAAACUUUGGAUCAGCAACGGUGGUAUUGCAGACAUAUUUACAGUCUUUGCGAGAACGCCGGUGAAAGACGAGGUGACUGGCGAAGUGAAGGAUAAGAUAACGGCCUUCAUAGUGGAACGAGGCUUUGGGGGUGUCACACGUGGACCCCCAGAGAAAAAGAUGGGCAUUAAGGCAUCCAAUACCGCAGAGGUUCACUUUGACGGGGUUCGUGUCCCAGUAGAAAAUGUCCUAGGAGCCCCCGGCGCUGGGUUUAAGGUCGCCAUGAAUAUUCUAAACAACGGGCGGUUCGGCAUGGCUGCUGCAAUGGCUGGCACCAUGCGUGGGCUCAUCAGCAAAGCGGUGGACCAUGCUGCCAACAGGACCCAGUUCGGAGACAAAAUCUAUAACUUUGAAGGAAUUCAGGAGAAACUGGCCCGCAUGGCAUUGCUGCAAUACGUGACGGAGUCUAUGGCGUACAUGAUCAGUGCAAACAUGGAUCAAGGAGCCACCGACUUCCAGACCGAGGCGGCAAUCAGCAAGAUCUUUGGCUCGGAAGCUGCAUGGACCGUUGCAGAUGAAUGCAUCCAGCUGAUGGGCGGGAUGGGCUUCAUGAAGGAAGCCGGCGUGGAGCGGGUGUUGCGUGACUUGCGGAUCUUCCGGAUCUUUGAGGGAACCAAUGACAUCUUGCGGCUGUUUGUUGCGCUUAAUGGAUUUCAGAACGCAGGGAACCAGCUCCGUGGAUUGCAACGUGCUGUGAAGAAUCCCCUCGGAAACGCCGGGCUCUUGGUCAGCGAGGUUGGGAAGCGAGUGCGCAGGAAAGCCGGUUUUGGAACGGGUAUCACCCUGAAGCAUGUUGUUCACCCAACUUUGAACUCCAGUGGUGAGCGGACAGUCCGGGCGAUUGAUCUUUUUGCUGGUGUUGUAGAGGAGCAGAUUCUGAAACACGGCAAAAAGAUUAUUGAUGAACAGUUUGUGUUGAAACGCAUCGCGGACAGCGCCAUUGAUUUGUACGCCAUGGUGGUGGUUCUCUCCAGGGCAUCCCGGUCCUUGGAACGUGGAGACGCCACAGCCCAGCAUGAGAAAAUGCUUUGUGACACAUGGUGUAUCGAGGCGUACGACCGCGUCACCCAGAACCUGACAUCUCUGCGGUCCGACUCCAUGCGGCAGUUCUUCAGGAACCUCCGGGGCAUCUCCAAAGCGAUGGUGGAGAACGAAGGGGUGGUUUCCCAGAACCCUCUGGGCAUCUGAGACGUGCCAGCCGUUCCCAGAGCUUUGUCCUAUACGUGUGGGUGCUUCACCUCCCCGAUGUUAACAGUUAGGGCGUGCAGAUUCAGAGGGGAGGGCCUCAAUCGUCCAUCUGUCAUUCCCUGUCCUGGGAGAAAUCAUACCUCUUUACUAUAUAAAUGCCUUAACGUAACUCCCUGUGUCGGUGCCUGAAGACUACCAUAUUAUAAGCCCUGGCUGCAAUGUGCUCAAGUGGCAGGGAGGGAGAGGAGACCUUACUGCUGGCCCUGCAUUCAGGUAUCUCUGUGAGAGGGUAUGAACACCUCUCCUCCACACUCACGCACUGUGAACUUGGCUUGUUGUAUCUGGAAAUGCUAAGACUCUUGCCUCCUGCCCCACCCUCAAUGCAGUUAUCGUAAAUUUUGACGCCAGAAUUCUCCAAAUUGUGGAACUGGCGCAGACUCCUAAGAUCAGCUGCUUGCCUGUUCCGUUGAUGUUCCGAAAUCCAGAAGCCACUUGAGCUGGAACAUUUUUAGCCGUAAAUCAGUUGCAUGUUUCAAGACCUCCUCUUACGAUUGUUACGUUUUCUGUGAGAAUAACUAUUAAAUUGCUUUGACAACU